CGACUGGAACUGGAUCAUUCAUCCUCUCCUCCUGCGAGGGAUUUUUCCUUUCCUUUUUUUUCUUUUUCUUUUCUUUUCCUUUCUUUUUCCCUUUUUCUUCCUUUCAUCAAAACCCUAGAUUCUAUUUCUAUCUCUAUUUCAACUACCUAUAUAUACAUAUACAUAUUUCUUUGGGAAUAUGCAGCAGCAGCAGCAGCAGCAACAGAGGAUAAGGCAACAACAAGCAUUGAUGCAGCAAUCCCUUUAUCACCCAGGCCUCUUAGCCUCUCCCCAGAUAGAGCCGAUCUUGAGUGGAAAUUUGCCUCCUGGAUUUGAUUCAACUACAUGCCGUAGUGUGUAUGUUGGAAACAUCCACCCACAGGUUACAGAAAUACUACUUCAAGAGAUUUUCUCUAGCACUGGUGCUCUGGAAGGAUGCAAACUUAUUCGGAAAGAGAAGUCAUCUUAUGGUUUUGUGGACUACUUUGAUCGGCGUUGUGCUGCUCUUGCUAUUGUAACUCUAAAUGGAAGACAUGUGUUUGGUCAGCCUAUCAAAGUUAAUUGGGCAUAUGCCAGUAGUCAAAGAGAAGACACAUCAGGCCACUUCAACAUAUUUGUAGGUGACCUUAGCCCGGAAGUCACUGAUGCUACAUUGUUUUCUUGCUUCUCUGUAUACUCUACUUGCUCUGAUGCAAGAGUUAUGUGGGAUCAGAAGACAGGGCGCUCCAGGGGAUUUGGUUUCGUUUCGUUUCGGAGUCAGCAGGAGGCUCAAAGUGCAAUCAAUGAUAUGAAUGGGAAAUGGCUUGGAAGCAGGCAAAUUCGUUGCAACUGGGCUGCGAAGGGUGCUGGAACAGAUGACAAACAAAGUUCAGAUUCUAAAAGUGUUGUUGAACUGACGAAUGGAACAUCAGAUGAUGGUCAAGAAAAGACUAGUGAAGAUGCUCCAGGAAACAAUCCUCAAUAUACAACUGUUUAUGUUGGCAAUUUGGCCCCGGAGGUUACAUCAGUUGAUCUCCACCGCCAUUUCCAUGCUCUUGGUGCUGGUGUUAUUGAAGAUGUUCGGAUACAAAGAGACAAAGGCUUUGGUUUCAUAAGAUAUAGCUCCCAUGCUGAGGCCGCUCGAGCUAUUCAGUUUGGAAAUGCCAGGGUUCUGUUUGGCAAGCCACUCAAGUGUUCAUGGGGUAGCAAACCCACACCUCCAGGAACCAGUUCGAGCCCUUUGCCCCCACCAGUGGCUACAAAUGCACAUGCUAAUGCAAAUGUAGGUGGUUUUUCAGCAGCGGAGCUUGCAGCGUAUGAAAGACAAGUGGCUCUGAGUAAAAUGGGUGGUGUUCAAGCUCUGAUGCAUCAGCAGGCCCAGCGGAUGGGUAUGGGAAUGGGAAUGGGGAUGGGUGCUAGCCAGGCAGUCUAUGAUGGUGGUUACUCGGGUAUUGCUGGUGCGCAGCCCCCUUUGUACUACCAGUAAUAAAAACAAGUUUUGAAGAAAAUGGGUACAAACACUGGAGUGAGUAAAUUAUCACCUUAAAAUGGGUACAAAACACUGGAGUGAGUAAAUCAUCACCUUAGGAGGAUGAUUUGUGUUAUACUUUCUAGAAAGUAAUUGGGGUGCUUGUUGAUGUUAUCCCAUCUGAUCAGUGUAUGAUGGAUAUAUGUACUUGUUUGUCAUCUGAUUCCGACCUUGUGUACGAUGAAUGGAGCUAGCUAUGUUAAACACUA